UAAUUCUCAUCAACUCCAUCACGAAACUAGACUUAUUCAACAAGUAGUUUGUAGAGAAAUUAAGAAUACUCAUCAUCAUACUACACAAAAAAAAAGAGUUAAAACCAGAAAUGGAUUUGUGAAAGUAAGCAUUUUAAAUGCCGAAGGCUUUUUUCGUGGCGCAUGGAGGUUGAGGCGUUCAGCAAGAAUGUUCACUAAUGAAGAGAGACAGAAGCAGCGAACUGGCAAAUAUGGCACUCCCAGGGAACAAUACCUCCAGGAAUUAGUGAAUGAGUUCCAGCAGACAACUGAGGAAGAGUCGAAGGAGCAAAUUGUUGCACACUUGGCCAAUUUUGCAUAUGAUCCGUACAAUUAUAAUUUUCUUCGCAAGCUGAAUGUGUUGGACUUGUUCCUUGAUUGCCUAACAGAACCAAAUGAAAAGCUGGUAGAAUUUGGGGUUGGUGGCAUAUGCAACUCUUGUGCUGAUGCAGCAAAUGCUGCGGUUAUUGUUAAAAAUGGUGGUAUCCUGCUUAUAAUAUCUUGCCUGUCCAGUCCAGUACAAAAUACAGUUCUUUCAGCGAUUACAAGCCUCUAUUAUCUUUGCACUCCAUCAACAGAAGCAGUCUUGUUCUUCUUUGAAAUCGCAGAGAUCUUGACUCCACAAGUUAUUGAAGCUAUGAGGAAGUAUGAAGAUGCACAGUCAGUGAACAUCAAAUUUAGUAAUCUAGCAAAGGCUUUCCUGGGUAAACAUGUCAAAAGUUAAUUGAGCUUCUGAACGUUCUCUGUCAAUAUUUCCAUGCCCCCGUCCCUAGUUAAGUGGCAACAUCCCUUUGCUGCCUUAUGCUUUUGUUCGUAAGUAUAUAUGCCUGGUGCCAUACGGUGCUGUAGUGGAUAUCCAACUGUAUAUAUACUUUCUUUACGACAGAAGCGAAUAAAUGUAAUUUACAUUUAUAACUUGAUUACAAAUGUUAGCCCAAAAAGAAGAAUAAUUAUGCAUUCACCAUCAAGGUCAGUUAGUACGAACGUUGGAUAGGCAUAAAGUGCUUUAUCCUAAAUAAUUUUUGUCUCCAUUAUUUGUAGAGUUCUUGAUUUCA